AUGGGAGAUAAGGUAUUCCCUCUUUUAAAAUUCAGUUACGAUAAUUUACCAAGUCAGAAAGUUAGAUCAUGUUUCUUAUACUGUGCUCUGUUUCCGGAAGAUUUUGUUAUACUUAAAGAUGACUUGGUAUAUUUUUGGAUGUGUGAGGAUAUAUUAGAUGAAUAUGGUAAUGUAGAGGAAGCCAAAAAUGAGAGUUAUCAUAUCAUAGGAAUUCUUCUUACCUCAUGUUUGUUGGAAGAUGAAGGAGAUUCAGUAAAAAUGCAUGAUGUAAUUCGUGACAUGGCAUUGUGGUUAGCUCGUGACCUUGGGAAAGAAGGCGAGAACAUCCUUGUGGAUACAUGUGCUUAUCAUGCACCAAAUAUUGCGAAAUGGAAGAACGCGAAAAGGGUUUCAUUGAUGGGUAGUAAUGGUAUCAUAUCUCUAGAUGAAACACCAAGAUCUCCCAAUUUGUUGACCUUAUUUCUCAGAGGAAGAUUUUUAAAGAGGAUUGUGGAUGACUUCUUUGAUUUCAUGCCUACGCUACGAGUUCUGGAUUUGUCUGAAAAUUUCCUUAUAACUCAACUGCCAACUGGAGUUGCAAAUCUAGUUUCAUUACAACAUCUGAAUUUGUCCAAAACAGGCAUAAAAUGGUUGCCAGUGGAGUUAGCAAAAUGUGCAAGCCUAAAGUAUUUGAACUUAGAGUAUACACGUAGGCUUGAUUAUGUUCCACCAAAUUUAUUAUCAAGUUUCCCGCUGCUAAAAGUUUUGAGAAUACUAGAUUGUGGUUCUUCUAACCGAGUUUUUUUUUAUAAUGAGAAAACCAUGAUAAACGAACUGCAGGGUUUGAAACACCUUGACGUCUUGUCUUUGACAGUCGUAAGAGGUACCUCUUGUUUCCAGAAUUUGGACAGCCACCACAUAUUAGUGACUUGCACUCUAACUUUAUGCCUCACGGGCGAGGAUUACGAGAACCCAUCAAGCUAUCUUGAUUUAUCAGAUGUGGCGAUGGCUAAUAUGAAAUACCUUGAUACCCUUCAAAUUAAACAUGUGGUGGAUGUGUACUCUACGUGGAUAACACGUCUGGAAAAUCAGAAUUGCUUCCUUGGUCUUCAGUUCGUACAAGUAAGAAAUUGCACGAAUCUCAAGAACCUGGAAUGGCUCAUUUUUGCUCCAAAUCUCAGCCACUUGCAUGUAGAGUGCUGCUCUAAAAUGACGGGAAUACUCGGUUUAAACACAACGGAAACUACCCCAUUUGCAAAACUCACUAUUUUGCGUUUGGAUGACCUACCCUGCUUGUGGAGAAUAUGCAAAAAUCCCUUGCCCGUUCCAUUUCUGAAGAAAAUCCUUAUAUCUAGAUGUCCAGUGCUCACUAGGCUGCCUCUCAACUCCAGCAGUGCUCAAACAAGUAAUCUCAUUAUUGAAGGAGAGGAAAAGUGGUGGAAUGGCUUAGAAUGGGAGGACCAAGCGGCUCGAAAUGUUUUUCUUCCCUGCUUCAGACCUUUAAGUGAGUUGCAGCUAAUGAUUCAGGUGUAUAAGUUAAUAGAACCGCCCCUCCUAGGGGUGAAAGAUGUCUCGAUUAUGGAUUUUGACACAACUAAGUUUAAACGGUAG